AGAAUUUCAAGGAGAGCAAUCGAAAAAACUUGUAAACAUGAUAUCGGCAUUUCGGAAUACUUGUACUAGUGUUUUCUCUCAUUAUUACUUGUUAAACCCUAAACCCUACUUUCCUCUCCUUGUCAUUUCCACCCAAAAUUUCUCCAUUACCAAUAAUUCCAACCCAACCUUACCAUCAAGUUCUUCUUCACUCUGUAGUAAAUCUGGUUGUCACUCUACAUUUCCUUCCAUUACUACAAUGUCCGAUAAAUUGGAGAAACAGUUUGAGGAAUUUCGGCAACACUUGGAGGAGUCGGGGAAUUUAAGGGAGAGAAUAAGAGCAGUGGCUACGGAGAUUGAAUCAAUUACGAGGACCAUUUAUGCUAGCCUUCUUCUUGUUCAUCAGUCUCGCCCUGUUCCUGAGGUUAUAGAGAAGGCUAAGGCUCAGAUUGGAGUGCUGAAGGAACAUUACAGUCGGCUUUCAGAAAUUGUGCGUGAAUGCCCUGGUCAGUAUUACCGGUAUCACGGUGAUUGGAAGAGUGAAACCCAAACUGUGGUAUCAUUGCUUGCUUUUAUGCAUUGGUUAGAAACAGGGGCUCUUGUUCUGCACAGUGAAGUUGAGGAGAAACUUGGCUUGACACCAACAGAAUUUGGACUUGAUGUUGAUGACUAUCUUAUUGGUAUUUGUUUCAUGUCCAAUGAGUUGCCUAGAUAUGUGGUGAACCAAGUGACAGCUGGGGAUUAUGAUUGCCCAAGUAAGGUUUUGAAGUUCUUGACAGAUCUUCAUGCAGCAUUUCGCAUGCUUAAUCUCAGAAAUGAUUUCUUGCGCAAAAAGUUUGACGGAAUGAAAUAUGACCUGAGGAAAGUUGAGGAAGUCUUUUAUGAUGUAAAAAUCAGAGGCUUGGCAGCCAAUGGAGACUCAGCUGGAGAGAAGCAGGCCCAAGGACAAUCUUGAAUAUCUUUCUGUGACCUGACAAUUAGGAUUUUGUAUUUGUGUAUGGUAAGCACGGGAAGCAACUCUGGCCCAGAUUUAGUUUCUCCUAUAAUGACACAAUGCAGGUUCUGUUGAUGAAGCAGGAAAGAGUUGAAACCUAUGCUACUCGUUUUGCGCUAAGUCCUGCAUUGAUUGGUGAACUUGCAAUUGUGAUCAUUGUAAAUUCUAUUCCAAAUAGGGUUUUUAAUCUCUUGUCAAAAAGAAGAUAUACUAUUGGUUUUCUCCGACAA